AUGGGCAACUUGCGUACAGUUCACGAGCUUAAAGACCUGGUGUCUUUUCUUGCGCCCAAUUUCAUUUUCUUAAUGGAAACUAAAAUCAGCAGACACAAGUUAUAUGGUAUUCGCUCUCAGCUUGGUUUUGAUGGUAUUUUCAUUGUUGAUAGUGUGGGGACAGGAGGAGGUUUAGCCAUGCUUUGGAAAGGAAAAGGUGCAGCUUCACUUUUGAGUUAUUCUCACAACCAUAUUGACCUCGAAGUUACUAUCAGUGGUCUUCCUUCUUGGCGGUUAACAGGGUUCUAUGCUUGCCCUGAGCGUCAUUUACGUAAGAAUUCUUGGAAUCUCUUGCGGCGGUUAUCGCAGACCUCUCAUUUACCUUGGUGCAUUAUUGGUGACUUCAACGAUCUAUUGGCUCAAAGUGAGAAACGUGGAAGACUGAUGCAUCCAGAAUCUUGUAUUGACAAUUUUCGUGAUGUUAUUACAGAUUGUGCUCUUACAGACUUGGUGCUUAAUAACUUGAAUGCUAUUACAUCGGAUCAUACUCCCAUUUUUCUGAAGCUCUUCCAGGUUGCCUCUUAUUCUAGAUAUCGCCGCUUUCGUUUUGAGAAUGCCUGGCUUAAUGAGUCUGAUUGUCGGCAAGUUGUGCAUGACAAUUGGCAUGGCUUGACUAGCGGAAGUUUUGUAUUGGAAAAGAUAGCUUGUUGUGGACAAGCUUUGAAUAAAUGGGGCCUGGAUUUGCGAAACCAGUUCAAGCAUCGAAUUGGGGAAUGUAAAUAUCAGCUUCGACUUCUUAAGGGUAAGCACAACCAUCAUGAUGUUGCAAAGUAUAAAUCUGUAAGUCUUGAGUUAGGAAAGCUUUAUGACCAACAAAAUUCGUUUUGGAAGCAACGUGCUAAACAACACUGGUUGAAUGCGGGUGACCAAAACACGAAAUUUUUUCAUAAUGCAGCCACCCAUCGUCGUCGCCUUAAUAAUAUUUCUUCGCUUACAGAUGAGUUUGGUGUAGUGAAAACCUGGGAUAAUGGUUUAGACCAAACUAUUUUGGGUCAUUUUGCAGCAAUUUUUUCCUCACAGGGUUGCCACAUGGACAUGAUUUUGAACUGUAUCGAGCCUCAGAUUUCUGAUGAGCAAAAUUCUGCUUUACUUUGUCCUGUUACCAAUGAGGAAGUUAAGUUGGCCUUAUUCUCUAUGCAUCCUGAUAAGUCUCUUGGUCCCGAUGGUUUAAACCCAGCUUUUUUUCAGAAAUUUUGGGACAUUGUGGGUUCUGAUGUUAUUAAGGCUUGUGAUCAGUUCAUGCUUUCUGGUACUCUUCCUAUCUCUAUUAAUGAUACUCUUGUGAUCCUAAUUCCAAAAAGAGUUUCCCCGUCGGUCCUUGGUGAUUUACGGCCCAUUUCUCUAUGUAAUGUUAUUUAUAAAGUGUUCUCUAAAGUUUUGGCAAAUCGACUCAAAGGUAUUCUCAACUCUAUUGUGGGAGAAUCGCAAUGUGCUUUCAUUCAGGGUCGAUUAAUUUCAGACAAUAUUCUUAUUGCGGGGAAGGUCUCUCAUUAUUUAAAUCGCAAGACGCAAGGGAAAGAUGGUGUAGCAGUUCUUAAGGUUGAUAUGAGCAAAGCAUAUGACCGCAUUGAAUGGCAUUUUCUCCGAGCAAUUAUGUUGAAGUUUGGCUUUCAUGAAAAAUGGGUACAACUAGUAAUGGCAUGUGUUACAACUGUUUCUUAUACCUUCUUGGUUAAUGGCAGAGAGUUAGGACCACUUAUUCCCUCUCGGGGUCUUCGUCAAGGGGAUCCAUUAUCUCCAUAUCUUUUUAUUAUGUGUGCAGAGGGUCUUUCGGCCAUUUUCAGUAAGUAUGUUUCACAGCAGUUAAUCCAUGGAUGCAGAAUUGCUCGGACAGCACCAAUUCUUUCUCAUUUAUUUUUUGCCGAUGAUAUUCUUAUUUUCUUCAGAGCUACAACAGCUGAGUGUCUCAAGGUUAAUGAAUGCCUUCAUCUCUAUCAGCUUGCUUCGGGACAGACAGUCAAUCUUUCUAAAUCGUCUAUUCAAUUCAGUAAGAAUACUACUGCUCCAAUCCGUAGUCUUAUUACUUCGACUCUUGGGGUUUCAGACGCCACCGGCUCUGGUAGUUUUUAUCUUGGAUUACCUACCUGCAUUGGUAGAAGUAAGCGAGCUGCUUUUUCAUUUAUUAAAGAUAAAGUUUGGUCACGUCUUCACAGUUGGAAUAAUAACUUUUUGUCUAAAGCGGGAAAAGAGAUAUUAAUUAAAACCGUGUUACAAGCAUUACCAAUAUAUACUAUGAAAGUGUUUCUUCUCCCGCUAAACCUUUGCGCUGAACUUGAGCGUAUGUUGAACUCGUUUUGGUGGGGUCAAGGUACAAGCACUCACAGUGGCAUUCAUUGGCAGAGAUGGGAGAGACUUUGUGCUCAGAAAGUAAACGGGGGUAUGGGUUUCCGGAAGUUGCAUGAGUUCAACUUGUCGUUACUUGGGAAGCAAGGCUGGCGAAUUCUUAAUAACCCUUCCUCACUUCUGGCUCGUAUCCUUAAAGGUAGAUAUUUCCCGAAGUCUUCUUUUGUUCAAGCUACGGUGGGAAAUAAUCCCAGCUAUGGUUGGCGUAGUAUUAUUGCAGCGAAGUCUCUUCUCUCGCCGGGUUAUCGCAAGAUUAUUGGUGAUGGUAAGACAACUGCUGUUUGGGGAGAUCCUUGGCUUCUAGAUGUGAAUAAUCCAUAUGCUUCAACUCCUUUCAUCCCAGAAUUAGAAGGUACUACGGUUAGCAGUUUGCUCAAAGUGGAUAGUAAAGAUUGGGAUGUUGAUGUCAUUACUGAUGUGUUGUGUAUCAGAGAUGCUCAAGAAAUUUUGAAAAUUCCGCUUACUUCCAGCUGCAAUGAUGAUAAGUGGUCUUGGCGAUUUGAUCGAAAAGGCUUAUAUACGGUUCGUAGUGCCUAUAAGGCCCUUAUGGAAGUUAACAAUAACACAACUCCUAAUGUUAUUUGGUCAGGAUGGAAGCAUUUAUGGAAACUGAAGGUUCCUCCAAAAGUUAAAAAUUUCCUAUGGCGUUGUUGCUCAAAUUGUCUUCCAACCAGAUGUUGUCUUCGCCAGCGAGGUAUGAGUAUUAAUACUGACUGUCCCUUGUGUCUUUCGUCGGAGGAAACUAUAACUCACUUGUUGCUCUCUUGUACUUUUGCAAAAUAUUGUUGGGCUUUGACUGAUCUUAUGGUUCCUGUUCAUCCCUGCCAUGAUCUGAAAAUAUGGCUGGAUCAUGUCUUUUGUACUGCUACCUCUUAUGUUCAACAGAGAACGGUUAUGCUUUUGUGGGCUAUUUGGAAUAAUCGCAAUGUUUAUGUUUGGACGGGUCGCUGUGUUGCUCCAAAUAUUAUCGUCCAUAGAUCUAUUGCUACUCUUCUUUUGUGGCAGGCUGCUCAAGGCAAAUCUCCUUCUUUUGGCGAGCUGACUGCGACUUCUAUAUUUUGGCAGCCACCACAACCAGGUUUUUUGAAAUGUAACUUUGAUGGUGCCGUUUUUGCACAAGCAUGCAGACUUGGUACAGGCUGUGUUGUUAGAGACUCUAGUGGACGAAUUGUAGGAGUUCAUAAUAGAUCUUUUGCUAUGCAUUCUGACCCAUUUCUGGCAGAGGUCAUUAGCCUUAAAGAAGCAUUAUCGUGGUUGGGCACUAGACAAGUUCAGCAUGUUCAGUUUGAGUCAGAUUCUCAACUUCUUGUUACAGCUCUUUCCACGAAUGCUAUUGAUAACUCUUAUAUUGGGUUUCUUCUACAAGAUUGCAGGAUUAUGCUUAGUCAUUUUACUAAUAGUUCUGUAUCUUUUAUUAGGAGAUCAGCGAAUAUGAUUGCUCACUUGUUAGCAAGAGAUUCAUAUUCUAUGUCUGAUGUCAAUUUCUGGGAUCCAAACAUUCGGUGUCGUUGUUGCGUUCUUUUCAUAGAAGCACAACAAGCAUAUAUAAGUGGGAGAAGCAGUGUUGACCAAAAUGUUUGUGCUGAAGGAUAUAUGUUAAAUGAUGGUGAUAGAGCUAUGCUUGAAAGCCCUGUUACUGCUGAAGAAAUUAAAAAUGCUUUAUUCUCUAUUGGUUCUGACAAGGCUCCUGGGCCUGAUGGCUUUAGCAGCAUGUUCUUCAAAAAAUGUUGGAGCACUAUUGGGAGUGAGAUCACAGAAGCAAUCUCUGAUUUUUUCUCUUCCAAUAAAAUGCUCAAGCAAACUAACUCCACUGCCAUUACUCUUAUCCCUAAGAUCAAGGAUCCUACUUCCAUUAGUGAGUACAGGCCUAUCUCCUGCUGCAAUGUUAUAUACAAGGGCAUCUCGAAAGUUAUUACCAACAGAAUCAGAGGAGUGAUUGAUAAGCUUGUGAGUCCGUGUCAAUCAGCUUUCAUUCCUGGGAGGAGUAUUGCUGAAAAUAUCUUAUUGGCCCAUGAAAUUGUCAGGAACUACCAUAGAUCAAAAGGUAACUCAUGUGGAUUGGGAUUUUGUUGA